CUGCCCGCCUGCCGGCUCCAGGACGUGUCCCAGGAGGCGCUGGGCUCCGCCGUCAUCGGCAUUGACGAGGGCCAGUUCUUCCCAGACAUCGUGGAGUUCUGCGAGGUUAUGGCCAACGCUGGGAAAACAGUCAUCGUUGCUGCUCUUGAUGGGACUUUCCAGAGAAAGGCUUUCGGGAGCAUCCUGAACCUGGUCCCGCUGGCAGAGAGCGUGGUGAAGCUGAACGCCGUGUGCAUGGAGUGCUACCGAGAAGCCUCCUACACGAAGAGGCUGGGAGCAGAGAGGGAGGUCGAAGUGAUCGGAGGAGCAGACAAGUACCACUCAGUCUGCAGACCUCUCAGGCGGCCCCAGCAGCCUGGCUCGGAAGACAAGGAGAAUGUGCCCAUGGCGGUGAAGCAGCUGGACGCGGCUGCCUCCCGGAAGAUCUUCGCUUCUUGACUGCGGGGCUCCCGCAUGGGG